GCAAGUCAGGAAAUUAGCUCACCAACAAUUAUAAAACAAUCAACGGUAAAAUUAACAACAAGAACGAUGCCACAACCCACAACGAAAACAACAACAUCCAAACCUACAACAACAAAAACAGCAACAACACAAACAACAACUACUACGCAAUCAGAUGCAAGUCAGGAAAUAAGCUCACCAACAACUAUAAAACAAUCAACGGUAAAAUUAACAACAAGAACGAUGCCACAACCCACAACGAAAACAACAACAUCCAAACCUACAACAAAAACAACAACAACACAAACAACUACUACGCAAUCAGCCUACACAUCACCGGGCUAUCUGGGAUGUUUUGAAGAUGGAUUCGAAAUCAGGAUACUAAGAGGAACUUUUCAGAAAUUAAUAAGAAACAGUGGUAAAGCAUGUAAGGAAUAUUGCCUGUCAGCGGGAUUCAGAUAUGCUGGAACGAAGGCGGGCUUUGAUUGUUAUUGUGGAGAUACAAUAAGAAAGAAACAGUUGUCUGGUGAAUGUUAUGAACCUUGCCCAGGUCGACAUGAUGAGUUCUGCGGAGGAAUUUCAGAAAUAUCACUUUAUGACACCUGGCCAUGCGCUACGAACCCAUGCGACCCCGGGCAUGUAUGCGACGAUCUUGAUGUACACACAUAUAGUUGUAUUUGUACACAGAGUGACUGCCACAAAGAAGUAACAGAAACAACACUUCUAUCUACACUAAAGUUUACAACACAAGUACAUAUUACUCAGAAAAUCGAGACAGAAACAAGAACAGAAGCUACAACAGAUGAUGCCGGACAUUCAACAGUAAACGUAAAUGAGGUGACAGAAGGUAACAAAACGAACCACAUAACGACAGAUAAGUCAAGCAGAUCAACCAUCAUUGUUGUACCAGUAUUAAUUACGUUAACCGCAAUUGUUGGCAUAGUUAUCACUUUGGUUGUUAUCAAGAAGAGACGGCAAAGAAAAAGCGAUGAUAUAUAUCAUGAAUAUGAUGAACCAAGUGAGUUAGCUUUACAGACGACAAACCAUGCGUUUAUCAAACAGCCUGUCAAAUCACACAUUGUAAACAACGAGACGCAACAACCUGAUGAAACAUUUGCAGAUUGUGAAGAAGCGGCACAAUCGACUGAUGGUUGGUAUGAAUUGUUGCAGCAUAACGUAGAUUCUUCUGGCGAAUAUACAACAAUUGAUGUACAUAAAACAGGUACUCACAACAAGACAUAUCCAAAUGGACUUUACGAAACGUUAAAUAAGACAAAUCAACACGAGGUAUUGUACAGCAAAAUAAAACAAGACCAAAAGAAUUAGUGUAGACAAAAAAUUGUAUAUAUUGAGAGGACAUACCUUUCUAACAGAAUUUUCAUGCACAAAAUUCAAAAUGACAUUUUAUUAUAUACAUUUUUUUUCAUUUCGAGGUGUUAAAGUAAGGCUCAGUCAUUCGGUAUAUUGUUUUUACUUUCGUGUCAGAUACUGAUGCUUGGCAGUUACCUUAGACAGAAAAUUGAUUCUUUUCCAAACCAUGCAACAAUUCGUAAACAGUAUUAAAAAUAUAAAGAAAUUUAACCUCACAUUUUUUUUUAAUACAUUUACCUACAAUUAUUGGAGAGAUCUUGAGCUAAUGUUUGACACAGUUUUUAGUCGGCAAUGACGGGUGAAUUUUGUUCAAGAUAUUUGUGGUAUUAAGUUAUUUAUUAACGCAAUAAAACAUAAUUUGUUUUUAGAACAGCUUGGUAUAUAGCACUUUAAGAAAAGUGGUUCUCUAAUUGAUAUAAUCCAACUUGUUUCAAAUUUUACUUAUGUUGGUUUAUAUUUGUUUAAAAUGGACGAGCAGUCUGCUUUAAAUGUAACGUAAAGCAUUUAAAGGGAUUUCUAAACUAACAGUUACUUAUGUACAUGUGUGAUUCAAAGAUAUAUUUUACUGUAGACCAACAAUAAGGAUAUGAAACCGAAUUAUGAUGUAACAAAUGCCAUACAUAUGACUGUAUUUGGUAUUUCAAUGUUUUAUAAAGUCAUGUUAUCAUUGUUAUUAAACUAUAUCUGUAUAAAGACAUAAGUGAAGUUUGAAUUCCAUCAAAAUAUAUUAUAAACCCUUUUCUUGCACACAUCUUACAAAGAACUUAGAUGUCACACAGAUCUUGUGAGACACAAUUUUCUCAAGCAAUUUCAAUGUUUAUUAUUUGCAACAGUGUGAUUGACACUUGUAAGCUUUGUAAUUGACACAUUUUACCUUGUAUGUACGUAUGUAUGUAUGUAUGUGUGCGUGUGUGUUUGUGUGUGCGUGCGUGCGUAUCUAUCCCCCUCAGGCGGAAGCUGUUUAUUUGUUUUUUUCUUUUUUUCAUCUCUCAUGAUAAUUAUUAAUUUUCCUCUUACAAAUACCUUAAAAUAAUACUGUACUGUGUGUAGAAAUUUAUUAAAUAAAACCAUGUCAUGUGUUGAAAUUAACAAAUAUUCACCACUGCUAUCUAUGUAUACUCAUGUGUUAUAUUAUGUUACUUAAGUUAAUAAAGAUAUGUUCUGUUCUGUUAAACAAAUAUAAUCAUGCUUCAUUUCAACAGGGUUUGUAAUUCGUUACUAUUAAUUAUAGCAUAUUACUUUUAAUUAUUUUCUUAAAUUUUCCAUUUUAAAGUUCACAGCUAAUGUAUAUAUGAAACUCUUCCCUUAUCCGGAUGUUUCUAAUUAUGAAAAUUAACGUCGAACUUUUGGUUUUAAAUUUGUCAAAUAACGACCAAUUUCUGUAAGAUAAUAGUUUCAAAAUGCACGUUUAUCUAUUGUGUAAAAAUGAUAUUAUACAUUUUAAAAUCCUGCCAAAUAUACCACAUAGGAAAAUGAUAUUAAACACCAUUUGGCAGUUUCGGUAAGAAGUUAAUAGAUUUCUGAAACAAAAGUAUUUUACAUAAAGAUAAACAAAGAAUAUCUUUAAUGAAUAAACAUGUGAAAAGUUAUGAAUUUGAUUGGAUGAUUGCCUAAAUUUUCUUUUACCGUGACGUAAUUAAGCAAUAAAAUUAGGCGGUGUUUGGCUUAUGCAGUUCAUAUUUUUAAUUACUAAUGCAAAAAGAAUGUAUCAAUCUGGUAAUACAUUGAUUGAAUUGCAAUAUGAAUCAAUGACAGAUCUGAUUGGCCCCCAAUGCAUGUUCACACCCAAACACUUGUGAAAGACAUUAUCAUCACAUGACAUAAUAUAGUUAACAUAUUACGCAACAGAAGUUCAGAUCGAUCAAUUAAGUUUUAUUACCCUAAAAUCAGAUUUAGAUAACAUUGCAUGGUGUGAAAAACACAAAUGACCCCUCUUUGGAUAUAUCACUAAAAAUAAAAUAUAGAUCAUUUAGCCAUAAAUUUUACAUACAAUUUAUGAAGGAAAUUAGCUCUAAAAAGACGGGAUUUUUAGUUUGUUUUUCAUUCAUUCAUUCGUUCGUACGUACGUACGUACGUUCGUUCGUUUGUUCGUUCAUUCAUUCAACUAUCGGUAAUUAACGCUAUUGCAAAACAUUCCGUCAUUCACUAAAUAUGUGUUGUUUUUCAUUUAAAGAGGGUUUGUAAUUCGUUACAUAUUACUUAUACCCCAUUGCAUUUUAUUAUUUUCUAUUAUUUUCCAAAUAUUUUUUUAAAGUUCACGGCUCGUGUAAAUAGAAAAUUCUUCCACUAUCCAGAUAUUUCCAAUUAUGAAAAAUAACGUGUAAAUUUGUCAAAUCGCAGCGGAUUUCAUUCAGAUUAGUCUCAGAAUGCACGUUUGUCUACAUUGUGUAAAAAUGAUAUUAUAUAUUUUAAAAUCCUGCCACAUGUACUCAGCUCUUCAAAGAAAUCACCCUAAUUGCUGAUACAAAUAUGGAAUUUCAGUUGAAAAUCGCCGAUUUUUUGCCUCUUUUAUCAUAAAAAAAACCUCUAUUUUUGUAAAAAGAAAAACUUGGUAAAAAAAUGCGUAAUGGCAAAUGUUAUAACAUUAAUAUAUGAAGCUUUUAAAUUAGUAAAAUCAUAUUCAAUCUAUUUCAUGUUAGUUUUAAUAUGUGAAAAAUCUCUAGAAAAUGUUGUAAGAAAAAUGAUAUUUAACACAAUGUGCAGUUCGCGUUUUUAGAAAAUUUACCCACUAUCCGGACUUUGUUCAGACCAAUACAUAAAAUUUACCAAUUCCUUAACUCAAGAUGACUUUGUCUGUUCGUGUAGGCAGGGCCUCCUUCAAAAGACAGGAAUUCGAGAUUACCUUGUUUGUUUGUGUCAAGAUGACUUUGUCUGUAACUGUAGGCAAGGAUUCCUUUGACAGACAGAAUCUAAAGCUAACUGUGUCUGUUUGUGUAGACAGAUUGACAGAUUAUCUAUAUAUAAGAGUUAAAGAUUGAUUUAAUUCGCAUUUCACAGAUAAAGUCUUUUUUAACAUAGAUCCAAUUCGUUCAUUAUAAGAUUUCUUUUUAUGCACAUAGUAAAACUUCUUAAAUCUACGAAUGACAUUUCUUUUAGUUGUAGAUAACUGUUAUGCACGGCAUUCACGUGCAGAAUUAUAACUUGAUUGUGCUAAUAAUUCAUACUUAGUGCUAUACAUAUAUAGUUAAGAUAUUUGUAAAAAUCUUAGAAAUGUCUCUAUCUUUUUCUUAUCAGUGUGCUGUGUAAAUUGAUAAUUAUACAUUUUCUCUUGUACCGGCGGAACUAUACAUUUAUGCAAACAUUUUGUUCCCAAUAUUGUAUUGUA